AUGCGUAAUUCCAUGUUGAUUGGAUCUAUUAGUUUUGCAUUGAUUAAUUUUCCCAUACAGUUGUUAAGUGCACUAAAUGGAAUCUGUACAUAUAUUAUGCCUGCUGUGGUGUUCUUCUUCAUUCGACAAACACAAAGUCCGGAACUAGCACAAACAUACUUGACUGUCAUUCCACUUUAUUCCUUCUUAAUCACUGUUCUCAGUCAGUUCUUACUGAUUAUGGAACCAGCGUUGGUGACCAUCACGAUGGGUGACCAUUUGUGGAUGAUGAUUAAUCAUUUGGAAAAAUUGACCAAGUAUCAUCAGAAGCGCAUUGCAUAUGAACGAGAGAGUGGCAUCAGGCAACACAACAGAGAUAUGCUUGUUAUUCAUCAUUUGGAUAUCUCCGUAUUGCAUGCUGUAAAUGCUCCAUUAUUACAGAGUGAUGUGAACUUGGAGGCUGCACAUGGUCAAUAUCGACAACAAUCAAUAGAACAAACACAAACUGAAUGUCAAGUGUUGACACUUAAUGAUGGUGAUGAUGAAAAGAAAUUAGAAGAAAACGAAAAUAAUGAGAUUGAAGCAAUAGACAUCAAAUAUUGUCAAAUCGACAGUGAAUCACGAAAAAAUGAUGAUAUAUCAAAUGUGAACGAGAAAGAUAUUUCUAAAUGGCGACUGAUAUUGAAUAUAUUAAAAUUCAUUCAUUUACCAUUCCAAGCUAAUGAUAAAAUGCUAAAAUUGCAAACAAUCGUUGCUUGGUUACUGACACUUGGUGUACUUGGUGCCAGUACCUGGUCAACAUAUAAAUUUACUAAGCAAACUGCGUCAUUAUACAGUGUCUUAUCUGAUUACGGUAGUGGAUCUAUUUCCCUUGUUCAAGCGAAAGAAUCGAUCAAAUCGAACAUUGUCAACUAUGUCAUUCUCAUGGUAGCAACUCCUACACUAUUUUCUCUUACUGUUGGUGGUGGUCAACUGUUAGCUACACUUUAUACACGCAGACAAAUGGUUUUUCUUGCACGUUUACUCUUAGAUAGAUCCUUCGAAGAGUAUGAAAAUAAUCUGUUGUAUCAUAGUAGACAUAUGACAGCAGUACCAAAUAUACUUUCACAUGAUAUUGCUGAAUUGAACAGUCAAGUCUUUCAUUUCAUUUUCGGUCAUAUAUAUUAUACGGGUAUUAUAGGUCAAAUUAUCCUGGCCAUCAUUCUUGCUGUUCUUCUCGGGCAACAAAAUGGUGGAUCGAUUGGAGUACUUAUUGUUUACUCAUUCGUACUUGGUGUUGUCAGAUUAUCUAUCGUCAAUACUUAUCUCGUUAAUUAUGGUAUACCAGCGGCAAUCUUCUUUCACACUUGGUACUCUCAAGGAUUAGCAGAUCCAACAAUAGCAAAUUCAUUUAUUACUUUAAGCGUGUAUAUGUACAAUCUCUUCUCUUCAUGGAAUUAUAUAAAUUAUUUUGGUGAUCCUCUCACACAUAUUCAAUCUAUUGGAAUACGUAUUGUCGGCUACGUUGAACGUCUUCGCCAGAUAAACGAACAUCAUCGUCGACUCGCCAUUGAUGAACGAGAACGUAGACGACGUCAGUAUAUUCAAUCGAAACUGGACGAACCAUCCAUCAUCCUCGAGCAUGUGGACAUACGUAUUCCUCAAUCCUCGCAUCUACUGAUAUCGGAUGUCAAUCUGCGAUUAUCGUCCUCCGAUAAUCUCAUCAUUACAGGUCCAUCUGGCUGUGGUAAAUCCACACUACUUAGUCUUCUUGCUGGUCUUAUUCUCAACGAAACUAACAACGAUUCAGUAUUGCGUAUUCUUCCACGUCAAAACACGAUUUUUCUCUGUCAACAAUUAUACUUGAUCAAGGGUACAUUGAGAGAGCAACUGUCCUAUCUUCGAAAAGCACAUGGACUUGGCCCAAUCACUGAUGACAUUCGAGCUCAACAACUUCUCAAUGAACUUGGUCUAAGUCACCUUAUCGAUUGUUAUUUAAUGGAUGGAGAACCACAAAAUUGGUCACAACUUCUAUCUAUCGGAGAACAACAAAGACUAAUGAUGGUCACUGCAUUUCUUGUCGGAACAAUCAAUGCUGGACAUUGUAUUGCGGCUAAAAAUGAAUAUCUUACAUUAGAACAAAAUUCUGGAUUCUUUUUAGCCUCUAACCGAUAUCGCUCAAGUCGUCGAGGAAUUCCCUAG